AUGCACCGGCACCGUCCUGCGCAGGGAUCGACGUUGUUAUUGCCGGUCGCUUUGUGGAUUUUCAGCCAUGUCAGCGGUGUGCAUGGAGCUUUGCCAACAACCCAGAAGUGUGACGAGGCUCUCGCCUCCCCUUUGGCCCACACAGCCUUCACCAGCUCGUCCGUCUUCUCCAAUGGAUAUGCGCCUGGAUAUGCCAAGCUGAACAGGAGAGGAGGUGCCGGCGGUUGGUCACCACUGGACAGUGACCAUUACCAGUGGCUACAGGUGGACCUGGGUUCCAGGAAGCAGGUGAGCGCCAUCGCAACACAGGGUCGCUACAGCAGCUCUGAUUGGACAACGCGGUACCGCCUCCUCUACAGUGACACGGGAAGGAACUGGAAACCAUAUCACCAAGAUGGCAACAUUUGGGCCUUCUCUGGGAACUCCAACUCAGAGAGCGCGGUUCGCCAUGAGCUGCAGCAGGGAAUCGUGGCACGCUUCCUGAGGCUCGUCCCCCUGGACUGGAGCGAGGAAGGACGGAUUGGUCUGCGCAUAGAAGUCUACGGCUGCUCCUACUGGGCGGGUGUGAUCAACUUUGAUGGACAGGGUGUAAUCUCAUAUCGUUUUAAGGUGAAGAAGAUGAAGAUCAUUAAGGAUGUGAUUGCACUGAGGUUCAAGACGUCAGAGAGCGAGGGUGUGAUUCUCCACGGGGAGGGCCAACAGGGAGACUACAUCACUCUGGAGCUGCGCAAGGCGAAGCUGCUGCUACAGAUAAACCUGGGCAGUAAUCAGUAUGGCUCGAUCCUGGGUCAUACCUCUGUGACCACCGGCAGCCUCUUGGAUGACAAUCACUGGCACUCAGUGGUGAUUGAGCGCUACCGUCGCAAUGUCAACUUUACUCUGGACAGACACACUCAGCACUUCAGGACAAACGGAGAGUUUGACCACCUGGAUUUGGACUAUGAGUUGAGCUUUGGGGGGAUGCCAUACAGUGGCAAGCCAGUGGGAGGAGGGAGGAAGAACUUCAAGGGCUGCAUGGAGAGCAUUAACUACAAUGGAGACAACAUCACGGACCUGGCCAGACGAAAGAAGCUAGACACCUCCAGCUUUCGUAACCUGUCCUUCUCCUGCGUGGAGACCCACACCUUCCCGGUCUUUUUCAACGCCACCAGCUUCCUGCAGCUGCCAGGCCGAGCCAAUCACAACACAGUGUCUGUGAGCUUCCAGUUUCGUACGUGGAACCCCGAUGGACUCCUCCUCUUCAGUAACCUCGAUGACGGCACGCUGGAGAUCUCCCUCGAGGACAGCAAGAUUCUUGUUCAUAUCAAUGUGACGAAGGCGACCGGCAACAACCGGGUCGACCUAUCUUCAGGUUCAGGCCUUAACGACGGCCAGUGGCACGCAAUCCGUUUGGUCGCCAAGGAGAACUUUGCCAUGCUGACGAUUGAUGGGGAGGAGGCAUCUGCUGUGCGCUCCACCUCACCUCUUACCAUCACCACAGGAGGAACCUAUCACCUGGGAGGGUAUUUUCUCCAGACGCUGUUCCCACCCUCCCAGCGUUCCUUCCAGGGCUGCAUGCAAGCAAUCUUGGUGGACGACCAACCAGCUGAUUUGCAUGCAGUGGAAAAAGGCACCGUGGGGGCUUUUGAGAAUGUCAGCCUAGACAUGUGUGCAAUCAUAGACAGGUGUAUGCCUAAUCACUGUGAGCAUGGCGGCCGGUGUAAACAGACGUGGGAUAGCUUCAGCUGUACCUGUGAUGGAACAGGAUACACUGGAGCCACCUGCCACACUUCUAUCUAUGAGCCAUCAUGUGAGGCCUAUAAGCAUUUGGGAAGGUCCUCUGAUGCCUACUGGAUCGAUCCUGAUGGCAGCGGACCGCUCGGCCCCUUCAAAGUCAACUGCAACAUGACAGAAGACAAAGUGUGGACCACCGUUAUGAACAACCUGCCACCCAAAACUGCAGUGACUGGCUCCAGUAGAGAGAGACGCACCGUCUUACAGGUUAACUACAGUGCCUCCAUGGACCAGGUGACAGCCAUCACCACCAGUGCAGAAUACUGUGAGCAGCAGAUCGCCUACAGCUGUCGCAUGUCCAGACUGCUCAACACUCCAGAUGGGACCCCCUACACGUGGUGGGUGGGUCGGGGCAGCGAGAAGCACUUCUACUGGGGGGGCUCAGGGCCUGGCAUCCAGAAAUGUGCCUGUGGCAUCGACAGGAACUGCACUGACCCCAAGUACGACUGCAACUGCGAUGCCGACCACAAACAAUGGAGAGAAGAUUCUGGUGUCUUAGUAUAUAAAGAGCACCUUCCAGUCAGCCAGGUUGCCGUGGGUGACACCAACAGACCGGGUUCUGAGGCCAAGCUGACUGUCGGACCACUCCGUUGCCAAGGAGAUAAUAACUACUGGAAUGCCGCAUCGUUCACCACCCCAUCAUCCUACCUGCACUUCGCCACCUUCCAGGGUGAGACCAGCGCUGACAUCUCCUUCUAUUUCAAGACCAGCGCACCCUACGGCGUCUUCCUGGAAAACCUAGGCAACACUGACUUCAUCCGCUUGGAGCUGAAAUCUCCUAAAGUCGUCUCCUUCUCCUUUGACGUCGGAAACGGACCUGUGGAGCUAACGGUACAUUCGGACACACCCCUCAAUGACGACCAGUGGCAUCGCGUGAUGGCCGAGCGAAACGUCAAAGAGGCGGUCCUUCAGUUGGAUCAGACAUACCGGGCGUCUCAGCUUGCUCCUGCACAGGGGCACACACGGUUAGAGCUGUUCAGCCAGCUCUACGUGGGUGCCGCAGGGGGGCAGAGGGGGUUCCUGGGCUGCAUCCGAGCCCUAAGGAUGAACGGCAUCACCCUCGACCUGGAAGAGAGGGCCAAGGUCACGCCCGGGGUCAAGCCCGGUUGCCAAGGCCACUGCACUAGUUUUGGAAUGUACUGCCGGAACGGAGGGAAGUGCGUGGAGAAGUACAACGGCUACUUGUGCGACUGCACCGACACUGCUUAUGACGGCCCAUUCUGCACCAGAGAUGUCGGGGGUUUCUUUGAGGCGGGAACGCUGGUCAAGUACAACUUCAUGCCCGAAGCGGUUGCAGGAGCCAGUAGGGACACAAAGAUCCUGACACACCACCUGAUGCCACAUGAAGCAAAUCUCACAAAGGAGGAAGUGGCCUUUAGUUUCAGCACGUCCAACGCUCCAGCUAUUCUGAUGUACGUCAGCUCCAAGACGCAGGACUAUCUGGCUGUUGUUUUGAGGCAGAAUGGUUCACUCCAGGUGCGGUACAACCUGGGAGGACUGAAGGAGCCGUUUGCAAUAGAUGUGGACCAGCGUAACUUGGCCAACGGACAGCCGCAUAGCAUUAACAUGUCCCGAGUUGACAGAAGCAUCACCAUUCAGUUGGAUCAUUACCCUCCAGUCAGCUACACCCUCCCAGAAGCCUCAGACACACAGUUCAACCUGGUCAAGACGCUCUUCUUGGGCAAAGUCUUUGAAACCGGACACAUAGACCCAGUCCUCAUCGAGCGUUACAACACCCCAGGCUUCAUCGGGUGUCUGUCGCGGGUGCAGUUCAACGCAGUCGCCCCCCUCAAGUCUGCACUGAGAACCGCCGCAGGGGUCCAGGCCACGCCGACGGCCGCUCCGCCAGACAGACAGCCUGCAGCCGCCUCGCCGGUGUCUUACCAGGGCAAACUGGUGGAGUCCAACUGUGGGGCGUCACCUCUCACCAUCCCACCAAUGUCUGCCGCAACAGAUCCCUGGCAUCUGGACAACACAGAUGCAGAGUUCCCCUUCAAUGAGGAGAGGGUGAUUCCUGAUGGAGUCAACAGAGACUCAGCCAUCAUUGGAGGUAUCAUUGCGGUGGUGAUCUUCACCAUCUUAUGCACUCUGGUGUUCCUGAUCCGCUACAUGUUCCGUCAUAAAGGCACCUACCACACCAACGAGGCCAAGGGCAGCGGAGAGGCGCCCGGGGAGUCAGCGGACACGGCCAUCAUUGGAACCGACAACCCAGAAACCAUCGACGAAUCAAAGAAGGAGUGGUUCAUUUAACGCCCAAUGACGGGACUUUGAGGGAGGAAGUGAUUCGUCAGACCGCCAGUUCCCACAGAGAUGGAGCAGGUUCAAUUGGCCAAUCACGGGGGAGAUGAAGGAAAGGCCAUUCAAUAGGACAACAAUCUCCCAGAGAGGGCAGGGACGCGGGGAGACAUGUACAGAAAUCUUUUUGUUUGUUUGUUUGUUUUGUUUUUUUUAUAUAUAUAUCCAGAGUAUUAGAGAGAGAAGAGGGACAGUUAUGCAGCGGUGCACAGCUGUAACAGACUGUACAUGUAUAUACUAACCGGCUUGUCCUUCUUUGUAUUGUGCUUGGGAGUUUUCAGGAGUCCUUUGAAUACUGUAUAUGACAAAUAAUUGUA